AUGCCGAUGCCGACGGCGUCGACGCAGAUGGACGCGUUCACCGCCGCGGGCAAGACCGGCGCGGGCAUCGUCCCGCCUCGGAUGGACCGCCAGGCGCCGCCGCUCGUGCCGCUCGAGCACAAGUUUUCGCACGGCCUCGGCGACGUCCCGAACGACGCGUUCUACGACGUCACCACCUCGGACCUCGCGUUCGGCGACCCACGCACCGCGGGGUGGGGCAAGCAGACCGUGAGCUCCGGGCUGUGGACGGGGAAGAAGGCGAACGACGUCCUCUGCCCGACCGUCGGCGCGCGCCGCGCCAAGUCGGACGCGAAGAAGGCGGCGGCGGCGGCGGAGAUGGCGGGGUUCGACCGCUACGUCGCGACGUCGCGAAGCGCGGCGGAGGCGACGGCGGCGCUCGGGAUGCCGGAGAGAGUCGUGGGGGUCCCGCCGAGCAGCGCGAGCGAGGGCGGGCAGCCCGCGCAGUGCGGGAGGAAAGCGGUCGGGGGGUUUUGCCGGGAGUUUGACAUGCCGUACCACAAGAUUGGACUGCGGAGGUGA